CCUCCGGGGNCGGAGGCCGCAGGCUGCCCCGAGGGCGGCCCGGCCCCGGCCGACAGCGCGGCCCGGCCGAGCGGGCACUCCUGCAGCAACCCGGAGAUCUCCUGGGCGCUCCCCGACACAAGCCACGUCAGCCACGACGAUCUGACAAGCCAGGUGGGAGAAGUACUCCUCUAUUACUGUUACUGUGAGGUGAGGGAUCCAGAGAAACUCUGUGCUUGGCAAAAGGCUUUGUGUCAGCAUCUACAUCUCACUGGCAAGGUACGAGUUGCUUCAGAAGGGAUUAAUGGGACAGUUGGUGGAAGCAAAGUAGCUACCAGUCUCUACAUUACAGUUAUGCUUUCCCAGCCGCUGUUCAAAAAUAUUUUGUGUCAAGAGGAUUUCAAGAGCAGUGCAGGAGGAGCUCACUGUUUCCCAGACCUUCGAGUUGGAGUAUUCAAAGAAAUUGUACCUAUGGGCAUUGAUCCAAAGAUAGUGUCUUAUAAGGAAACUGGAAUCCAUUUAUCCCCUCAGGAAUUUCAUAGAGAAGUAGAACAGUAUUUGUCUCAGGCCACUCAAGGACAAAGCGAUACCAUCUUGCUGGACUGUAGGAACUUCUAUGAAAGUAAAAUAGGACAUUUCCAGGGCUGUCUGGCUCCAGAUAUCAGGAAGUUCAGCUAUUUUCCAAGCUAUGUAGAUGAAAACCUGGAGCUUUUUAAAGAUAAGCGUGUACUGAUGUACUGCACAGGAGGGAUUCGUUGUGAAAGAGGCUCUGCUUACCUCAGGAGCAAGGCAGUGUGCAGAGAGGUUUACCAGCUAAAAGGUGGAAUUCACAAGUACCUAGAAGAGUUUCCAGAUGGAUUCUACAGGGGGAAGCUGUUUGUAUUUGAUGAUCGUUACGCCAUUUGUUCCAAUGAAGAUAUCAUCUCAGCAUGCAGAUACUGUGGGGUGCUGUGGGACCAAUAUAAACUUUGUUCCAGUCAGCACUGCCGGCAGCUUGUCCUGACAUGUCCAAGUUGUUCCAACAAAGGUCUUACAGCUUGCUGUCCUGUUUGUCAAGAGAAGGAGCUCAAGGUGACUUCAAGGGCUUCAGGACAGACACUUAAGGAGGAAUGUGAUUGCACAAGGAGACGACCAAGGGUACCAAUUGAACAUGUCUCGCCAAGGAUGCUGGGCACAGGAAAAGAUUAAGCUGUUUCAUUGGUUAAUCUGGCAUGUGCUCAUGUGAAGGGCUUCUGUAACAAGAUUCUAUCUGUUAAUCAGUUAGGUUUGGAAAUUAUGAAAAUAUGUUGGCUUGGAAAGUCUUGUUCAUAUGCUGCCUUUAAACAUAGAAUAUGCCCUGAAAACCAUCCAUUACUUGCCUGUAAAUUACCAGAGUGCCCAAUCCAUCACCAGCACUACAGGAUUCCUCUCUCUGGGUACAGUCUUGUAGUGCGGCCUUUACCAUGGGGAUUUUGGAGCAGAGUAUCUGCAAUGUGACAGAGCUGCUCACAAUUCAAAAGAAACUGAAGGAAAUCAAGAGCAAUUCAGUUUUUUCUUCCUGCAUGGAGAUCAACCUGUCUGACCUCUCCAAGGAUCAUGCAUCUGCUUCAAUAGCUUGUAGUGAGGUGUGCAAACAGAUUUACCAAUUUGGUGUGGGUAUGUGACCAGAUUAGAUGCUGAAGAUAUAUUCCACAUGCACACCAUCGACCUGCAUCUCUUGCUUUAUACCAGUGAGAAGCAAGGCAAAAUUACCUGAAAUUACUGACUUAACUCUCCUGUAAAACUGGCUGAAGGCAGCAUAAGGAGCUGGAGCAAAGGCCCAGAGAUACUGUUUGCCCAGCCAUACUUGUGUGACCUGUAGGAUGAACAGCAAACCCAAUCUUCUUUGCAGUGCUCAGUCUCCCUGGGAACUGUUUUUUCCCCUGAACUUGUCAAUGUAUGAAAUAUGCAGGGCUCAGCUCUGCUUGCACUAAAAAAACCUGACAGCUUGAAGCACGUUGAAACAAGCACACAAAGAGGGGAGCACAGAGACUGCCAAAAUACCAGCAUCAUGGCACUGGAAGUGAUGCAUGUGUGCAUAAAUGUCAGCAACAGCUAUGAGAAGACUGCAAGAUCCUUUAUCCAAGUUAAAUAAUACAAGUUUUGGGGAGCAUUUUUGCUUUUUAAACAAGCUUUUUAAAAGCUACAAGAUGUUUAUGCAAUUUCCAGCACUUGUUAGUGGAGAAAUUGUCUUUGAAGGGACCUACAGCAGAUGAGCUUAAAAUACUGCCUCACGUGCUGUAUUGUGUGCCUGAUGCUGUAGAAUGUACAGAAAGGAUUUAUUAAUAGUGUGGAAGAUGUGUCUUGACCGAAAAAUGUCUUUGAAAUUCACCUGUCAUUCUGGGAACUAUACAGUAAGUCAUUAGGACAUCAAAAUCACUAGGUUUGGAGGGGUUUUUUAUUGGCAAAUGCUUUUAAAAGCAAGAAGAGUUUCUUAAGUUUCUGCACUUGCUUAAUGACAGGGCUGUGUUAUUUUCAGAUAGAUUGUACCUUUCUCCCAUGGUGCUAUUACUUCAGCAAGGCUUGACUUGCAACUUAAAUACAUGGGCAUUGGUUCCAUUAAAGCCAUGACAAACA